UGUAGGUUGUGGCCAUGCUUGUCUGACAGAGAUGCUCACGCACUCAAACAACAUCGUGAGAGAGUUCUGAACUACUACCGGAGUUGUUAAAACGGAAAGGACUUGGUGAGAAAACGUCAUCUGGAAUUGUUGGUACAUGUUUUUUGACAUCUUUGGAGCAAGGUCUACUUUUUAUGAAGAUAAUGCAUCCUAUUUUACAUUUCGAUCAGCGAUGGUAAUAUUUCCAUUUGCGGACAAGAGAGGGAAUAUAGUCAAACACGAUCACCUCUCCGCUGCAUUUCUGAGGACGCACGAAUAACCUGUUGCCCGCACGGGCAUCUACAACUUUUGAAAGAUCUACAAUCUUCUACAAGUUUCAAACAUUCGGAUUUAUGUUGAUGUAGUGCCUUCUCACGUGUCAUGAAAGCACGUUGUAAGGGGGAAAUGUCCAGUGUCAACAGAAGGACGAGUAUGUGACAUUGCUAUAUUCUUACCGAAGUAAACUUUCAGCACAUUCACCCAAGCGAAACAGCAUUUUCAAGUUAAACGCAGCGUCGCACCAACAUGACUUUGUCCACUAGUAUGGCGGGUACAUGCCGCUGUGUUUUAAGUAAUUUCAUUGAAUGGAAAUUAGGCAAAUAACGUAGUCCCCGUGGAUUUGGAUUUGAGUACCCUGCAACACGUUGUGAAAAUACCGUGAACGUUUUUGCUACGAUGCUGGUCACUUGGGGCGCAUUAAUUCAAGCGUUCCUAUUAUUGCUGGUGAAAGCUGACCAAUGGAGCCUCAAGGAAUCCUCUAUCUGUGAGCUAAAUAGAAAACAAAGUGAUUUAAACUCCUUCCUAUGGACUAUAAAAAGGGACCCUCCAUCCUACUUCUAUGGCACCAUUCACGUUCCCUACACAAGAGUCUGGGACUUCAUCCCGGAGAACUCCAAACAAGCCUUCCAGCAGAGCAGCAUUGUGUACUUUGAGUUGGACCUGACAGACCCAUACACAAUCUCAGCAUUAACCAGCUGUCAGCUACUUCCUCAAGGGGAGAACCUGCAGGAUGUGCUGCCCAGGGACAUCUACCGGCGGCUCAAGAGGCACCUGGAGUAUGUGAAGCUCAUGAUGCCGUCAUGGAUGACCCCUGACCAGCGAGGGAAGGGCCUUUACGCAGACUACCUGUUCAACGCCAUUGCUGGGAACUGGGAGAGAAAGAGGCCGGUGUGGGUGAUGCUGAUGGUGAACUCGCUCACUGAGGCAGACAUCAAGACGCGUGGCGUGCCCGUUCUAGACCUGUACCUGGCGCAAGAGGCGGAGCGGAUGAGGAAGAGGACGGGCGCCGUGGAGAAGGUGGAGGAACAAUGCCAUCCUCUGAACGGACUUAACUUCUCUCAGGUGAUAUUUGCCCUGAACCAGACCCUUCUGCAGCAAGAGUCUCUUCGGGCAGGCAGCCUGCAGGUCCCCUACACCACAGAAGACCUCAUCAAGCACUACAACUGUGGAGACCUGAACUCCAUCAUCUUCAACCACGACAGCUCCCAGGUGCCCAACUUCAACAACGUCACCUUGCCCCCCAGCGAGCAGAUCACCGCCCAGGAGAUCGACAGCUACUUCAGGCAGGAGCUCAUCUACAAGCGUAACGAGAGGAUGGGCAAGAGAGUGCGCGCCCUCCUGGAGGAGCACCCAGACAAGAGCUUCUUCUUUGCCUUCGGCGCAGGUCACUUCCUGGGCAACAACACGGUGAUUGAUGUGCUGAGGAGUCAAGGAUACGAAGUGGAGCACACUCCCGCUGGGCAGACCAUUAACAGCGGGAGAGCGUCCAAGUUUUACCCGGAGCAGACGGGCCUUUCCCUGGGUCAGGACCUGGACGAGCCCCCACACCUGGAGCCCUUCCUCCACGAGCUCCACGAGGACCAGCAGCGCCCCCUGGAGGACGGCUCGCUGCCCCACAUGCUGCUGCCAGACAGCCUGGACCUGCUGGAGAAAGUGGAGCGCAAGCUGAAGAAGAAGCGACGGAACAAGCAGAAGAAGCAGAGGCACCGGCAGUUCAACGACCUCUGGGUCCGCAUCGAGGAGAGCACCACGGUCCAAUCACCACCUCCCCCGCUGGUGCGCAUCAUCAAUGGCUACAUCACCGUUAAGCCCCCAGAGAGAGUCCAUCACGGGAGAGCCAAUCACGGGAGGCCGUCAUCAGGCUCGUCUCCCACCUCGUCGUGGUCGUCCCUCAACCUGCUGCUAGCGCUGUUCCUUCACGCGUGGACUCUGCUGGAGUAGAGCGGGAGCACAAAGGCUGCUCGUAAACUGGAUGGAACGGUCACCUGAUCCGAUUGUAACACCAGCAAAAUCCUUCGGUCUAACCUCUACGUUGGAUAGUUUUUUGUUUGUUUAUCCUUUUUUGUAUUUUUUUUAAUGUUAGGAACCCAAUCAGCUCUUACCUUUACAAAACGAAAAAAUCUCGUCCACCCUUUAUUUAUUCUUCACUUUUAGAAGAAUCGGUUUUGUAUCGCAUAAUACUGUGGGGAAAUUGUAUAUACUGUAUCUACAUAUUAUAGAUGCAUUUUAGAAAUAUGAAAAUUAAUGGUUGAAUGUCAAUUGUUUGUUGUUUAUAAAUAGUAUUACAGUAUAUUUUUGAACUAUGUCAGAUACUAACUACCAUAACCCAUAAUGGUUUCCCCUAGAUUGGAAUUGUAUUUGUGUGGGGGUAGAAACAUGAUUGUACCAUUGUUAACUAUGGCUUUUUGGGGUUGUUUGUGCUGUGAGAAAAUUGUUUUAUGUUUUACAUAGAAAUUAUGUGUUUAAUUUAUUUUACAAUAUAGUUGUAGAUCAUCUAAAUAAAUGUCUCUCUUGUAACUGUU